AUGGAGGAAGAGGAACAAUCAACUUCUGCUCCUGAGGGUAAUGAAACUGUCCCUGAGGAUGAUGGAACUGCCCCUGAGGGUGAUGGAACUGCGCCUGAGGGGGAUGGAAUCUCCGAGUGUGUGAUCUGCUUCACUCCAUAUGACACCCUCUUCCAUCUUCCCAAGGUCCUCUCCUGCGGCCAUAUCUUCUGCCUGGAAUGUCUUUCUCGAAUCACAGUGGGGUCGACGGAGCCAGAAUCCCUAUCUUGCCCAAUAUGUCGGGUGCCGACCCCGGUUCCCCCCAAGAAGGGUCCUCCGGCGCUGUCUACUGACAGAGACUUGCUACAGAGGCUCAGCAGGUCACUAACUUGCCCGGCGCCCUCCUUGAGAUUCAGCCGGAAAAAGGGACGCUUGUACGUGCCGCAAAGCAGCAGCCUCAACAUCGACACCGACAGUCUUAGCGUGGACCUCGGUCGCCCACCACCAGCCCCUCAUUCUCCUCGAGGAAUAUGCCGGUACUUGAGGUCAGGAGGCUGCGUCUUCUACGGCUCAAUUUUUUUAGUUGUGGCCCUAACGGUGGCGCUGAUCCUGGCUGGAAUCUAUAUAUUUUACCUGCUCCCUUGGCGUUACACUAAUGCUCCAGGGUCAUCUUCAGGACCUGGCGGCUUCAAUGAUACCUACACUCUGAAUAUGACGACCACCCCCAUGAAGGCACAUACCUGA